GCUGCUUUUUCUGCAUCCGUCUCUCAUUUUCUCAUACACCUGCCUCAACAUGGCCGCCCUCACCUGAGCUCCUGAGGUAAAUAAAUCCAGGCUGUGCCCUUUUCAGUUAGUCACUAUGUGGCCAUUUUAGCCUCUCCAGACCAAAAGUCACCCUCCAGCUAUGGCCAAAAGUGAGUCCAGGUGCAGUGGGAGCUGUUGUUGUUUUACCUGAGGAGGAAACAGUGAAGAUACAGAAUUGAGUCAUUUGUGGCCUCUCCCAGCCCUUCCUCUAUGUGCCCCUUCCAACCACCAUCACUGUGUGAUACAUAUAUAUAUAUAUAUUUAUAUUCAGCUCCCAGGUUACACCACUGUCACUGCUCCAAAUCUUCUCAUAUUCCUGCCCUCACUCCCCCAUCUCCUCUGGCUACUCAUUUCAAUACCGGAAUAACCCACCAGCACUAGGACCAUGAAGCUCCUGCCUCCUUGGGGGGAGGGGCCAGAGCACCAUUUUGAGGCAGUUACACAGACAGAACAGGCAGUGAGUUUUGUUUGCCAUAAACUGCCACAUGUGAAUGGCAGUGCUCCUGGCAGAGACUCUAGCCACUGGCCCCGGGAUGAAUUGGUCCCAAACUGACUGGUGACAAGAACACUAGGAGCCUGGGAAGCUGAUGUGAGGAUUGGGGGAAGAAUCUGUGGAAAAGGAAGUCCCAGGGAAUCCGGAAGUGAGAGGUAAAUGAUCAGAAGAAAUAGAGAAGCCUCAGAAGCCAAUGAUUGUGAUUCUUUGGAUAAAGACAAGAGACCAUUAGACUGUGCAACUUCUCCAACACCAGAAAAUCCUCACAUUGGAAAGAAACAUCUGUAUCAGACUCAGAAAAAGCUUUAGUACAAUGAACAUUCCCAACUCCCAGAAGAAACUUCCGUCAGUAAGAAAACAAUCCGAAUGCUCAGAAUGUGGGAAAACAUUUGCAGACAAAAGUCACCUUCAUAUUCAUAUGAGAAUUCACACAGGAGAGAAACCAUAUAAGUGCACAGAAUGUGGUAAAACAUUUGUAGACAAAAGUCACCUAAAUAUUCAUAUAAGAGUUCACACAGACGAGAAACCAUACAAGUGCACAGAAUGUGGGAAAAUAUUUGCACAUAAAAGUUACCUUCAUAUUCAUAUGAGACGGCACACAGAUGACAAACGAUACAAGUGCACAGAAUGUGGGAAAACAUUUGUAGACAAAAGUCACCUAAAUAUUCAUAUAAGAGUUCACACAGGAGAGAAACCAUACAAGUGCACAGAAUGUGGGAAACGAUUUGCAAACAAUAGUAUCCUUUCCAUGCAUAAGAAAAUUCACACAGGGGAGAAACCGCACAUGUGCACAGAAUGUGGGAAAACAUUUAUAACAAAAACCCAUCUUCAUAAUCACCUGAGUACUCACACAGGAGAGAAACCAUUCAUGUGCAGAAAAUGUGGGAAAAGAUUCCGUCUAAGCUGUUACCUUAGAAGUCACAAUAGAAUUCACACAGGGGACAAACCCCACACAAAAUCCAACCGUAAUAAACAGAGACUUCAUCCAGAGGAGAGACCUUUUACAUGCACAGAAUGUGGGGAAAGUUUUAAAUGUAAAAGAAACCUUCGUAAUCACAUGAGAAUUCACACAGAGGAGAGACCUUUUACAUGCACAGAAUGUGGGGUAAGUUUUAAAUGUAGAAGCACCCUUCAUAAUCAUAUAAGAAUUCACACAGGAGAGAGACCUUUCAAGUGCACAGAAUGUAGCCAAAGUUUCAUUCGACUUGGAACCCUUAAAGUUCACCAAAGAAUUCACACCGGGGAGAAACCUUACAUGUGCACAGAAUGUGGGAAAAGUUUCCUGACAAAGACACACCUUAAAAGUCACCAGAGAAUUCACACAGGGGUGAGACCUUACAUGUGCACAGAAUGUGGGAAAAGUUUUACUCUGAAGGGGGCCCUUAUAAAACACCAGAGAGUUCACACUGAGGAGAAACCUUAUGCAUGUACAGAAUGUGGCAAACAAUUCUCUACAAAGGACCGACUUUCUUCUCAUAUAAGUGUCCACACAGGAGCUUUUACGUGUACAGAAUGUGGAACGCAGUUUACUUGUAAGGAAAGCCUUAAACUACACAUAAAACGUCACAUGGAAGAAAAAACAUUUACAUGUACAGAAUGUGGGAAAAUGUUUUCUAAUAAGAGAAACUUUCUUUACCCCUACACAACUCACACUGGGGAGAAACCUUUCAUAUGCACAGUAUGUAAGAAUAUGUCUCCAUCCAUUCUAUUCUCAUGUACAGAAUGUGACCAACAGUAUCAGAAUAUGAGAAACCUUACCAUACACCAGAGAAUUCACACAAGGAAUGAAACGUUCCCAUGUACAGAAUGUGGCAAACUGUUCUCUAAAAUGAGAAACCUUACCAUACACCGGAGAAUUCACACAAGGAGUGAAACUUUCCCAUGUACAGAAUGUGGCAAACAUUUCCCUAUAAAGACCUACCUUGCCAUACACAAGAGACUCCACUUAAAAAGGGAAACUUUCCAGUGUACAGACUGUGGCAAACGUUUCUUAACAAAGUUCAGCUUUCAGCACCAUCGUAUUACCCACACAGGGGUGAAACCUUUCACAUGCACUGAUUGUGGCAAAUGUUUCUCUUUAAAAAUGUACCUUAUGAAACACCAGACAAUUCACAGAAAAAGGGAAACUUUAUCAUGCACAGAAUGUGACAAACCUUUCUUUACAAAGGCCAGUCUCCAGCGGCAUUCACUGACCCACACAGGGGAGAAACCUUUUGUGUGCACAGAAUGUGGCAAAGGUUUCUGUAUUAAAUCAUACCUUAACACACACCAGAAAAUUCACAAAAAAGGGAAAACUUUCCCAUGUACUGAAUGUGGCAAACCUUUCUUUACAAGGGCCACUCUCCUUUGGCAUUCUAUGGCCCACACAGGGGAGAAACCUUUUGCGUGCACAGAAUGUGGCAAAGGUUUCUGUACAAAAACAACCCUUAAAAGACACCAGAAAAUUCACAUAAGUGUCCACACAGGAGCUUUUACAUGUACAGAAUGUGGAACGCAGUUUACUCGUCAGCAAAGCCUUGAACUACACAUAAAACGUCACAUGGAAGAAAAAACAUUUACAUGUACGGAAUGUGGGAAAAUCUUUUCUAACAAAAGAAACUUUCUCUACCCCUACACAACUCACACUGGGGAGAAACCUUUCAUAUGCACAGAAUGUAAGAAUAUGUCUCCGUCCAUUCUAUUUUCAUGUACAGAAUGUGACCAACAGUUCCAGAAUAUGAGAAACCUUACCAUACACCAGAGAAUUCACACAAGGAAUGAAACAUUCCCAUGUACAGAAUGUGGCAAACUGUUCUCUAAAAUGAGAAACCUUACCAUACACCGGAGAAUUCACACAAGAAGUGAAACGUUCCCAUGUACAGAAUGUGGCAAACAUUUCCCUACAAAGACCUACCUUGCCAUACACAAGAGACUCCACUUAAAAAGGGAAACUUUCCAGUGUACAGAAUGUGGCAAACCUUUCUUUACAGAAGUCAGUCUCCAGCGGCAUUCAGUGACUCACACCGGGGAGAAACCUUUUGUGUGCACAGAAUGUGGCAAAGGUUUCUGUUCUAAAACAUCCCUUAACAGACACCGGAAAAUUCACUCAAAAAGGGAAACUUUCCCAUGUACCGAAUGUGGCAAACCUUUCUUUACAAAAGCCAGUCUCCAGCGGCAUUCAGUGACUCACACCGGGGAGAAACCUUUUGUGUGCGCAGAAUGUGGCAAAUGUUUUUAUACUAAAACAUACCUUAACACACACCGGAAAAUUCACAUAAAAAGGGAAACUUUAUCAUGUACAGAAUGUGGCAAACCUUUCUUUACAAAAGCCAGUCUCCAACGGCAUUCACUGACCCACACAGUGGAGAAACCUUUUGUGUGCGCAGAAUGUGGCAAAGGUUUCUGUAUUAAAUCAUACCUUAACACACACCAGAAAAUUCACAUAAAAAGGGAAACUUUAUCAUGUACAGAAUGUGGCAAACAUUUCUCUAAAAAGAGCGGCCUUCAGCGCCAUUAUAUUACUCACUCAGACGUAAAACCUUUCAUGUGCACAGAAUGUGGCAAAUGUUUCUCUCUAAAGAUGAAUCUAACGAAUCACCAGAAAAUUCACUUAAAAUAGGAACCUUUAUCAUGUACAGAAUGUGGCAAAUCUUUCUCUAAGAAGGCCAACCUUCAGAGACAUUCUUUUAUCCACAUAGGGUAAAACCGUUCAUGUGCUCAGAAUGUGGCAAAUGUUUCUCUAUAAAGAUGUUCCUUAACAGACACCAGAUGAAAGGGAAACUUUCCGAUGUACAGAUGUGACAAGCGUAUCUUGAAAAAGGGCAGCCUUCAAUGGCAUUAUAUAAUCCACACUAGAAGAACUUUUCACUUUCCGAGUAUGUCAACAAUUUCACUCAUAGCAGGAGAGAAACCUUUCACUUGCACAGAAUACGACAUAAGCUUGUUAAGGAACUCAUUUUCCCUUUGAAGCUUCCAUGGCAAAUUGUAGGUAGGGUGCAUUGGUGCACAGGCCAUUUUUCUUAACUGAGGCCCCAGGCUUAUUGUUGGCCAAGCCCUCCACCAAGGGACCCAAAUGACUAGGGUUGCCACCCAGCCUGUAUUUUACCCAUCUGUCUUCAUCCUGCUUAUAAGAACAUAUUUAUACUGUAUGUAGAAAAAUCAACAAAGCUGACCCUAGGACAUCCAAGUGGACAUUCUAGUAAUUGCCAGAAGGCUGUAAAAAGACUAGAGGUAUACUGGGCCAGAUAAACUAAGUGUUCUUGAAAACCAGAUAGUAUCAGGAGUGGCUGAGCUUCAUGAAGAAAGCCCUACCUCUACAAAAUGUGAAAAACCAGAACAUCAAGAAGACCAACAGGGGUUCCAUAUCUAAAUGUUACAUAUACAAAGAGCCCUAUGAUUAUGUACCAUAGACACACCAAGCUCAGCCAGGGUAAAUGGGCCAACCCCACAGUACAACACAAUAAUUCAGUCCUAGCAGAUAUGGCUCACAUGGACCCUGUAGCGCUUUACCCCCUGUGCACUUGUCCCACCACAAUAGUAGUGAUACAAUUA